AUGGAUGGUGCCGGACUGAGCGAAUUGUUGAUGGCAUGGGCCUACACGCUUGCAGGCCUUCCAAAGGAGGUGCCGCCCUGCCUGUCUUUGAAGUACGACCUGCUCGACGACCUUGUCUCGGACGCCCCUGACAGGAUCGUGAUCAAAGAUGAGAAGUACUUCAAUGCAGACAAGGUCGUGUCUUUUGCCAUCAUGCGAAUCAUGUGGUUAGUGAUGCUUGUCUUACGCGCGUUCUUCGCCCCGAAAAAGGAAUGCCGCAACAUAUGGGUGCCGAAGCGCGUCAUGGACAAGAUUCGACAGGAAGCCUUGGCAGGGCUGGAGGCGGCGAACGAAGGUGGUGAACUGGGCUUCAGCGAGGGUUUGACCUCUACCCCCAGCUCAGCCGCAUCCGCCAAAAAGGGCAAAGAAUAUGCCCACAAUGCACUCUUCCCCGCCGGCAUCGUCCCGGAUCGAGCGUCGGGUCGGCCGUUCAUUAUCAACAUCUCCAUCAUCCUCAACAUCCGUGACCGCCUCCCAACGUUGACUGCACGACUACCAAAGCCUGGCGUCUUCGUCUCCAACCUCGCCAUGUCCAUCCAAGCUCUGGUUCCGGCCCAGGCCGUGAUCCCCAAGACUCGAAAAGGGCCCGUUGCAGAGGAGAAUUUCUCGUCCCUCGGCUUGACGGCGGCAUCGGUCCGGUCGAGCCUGCACGCCGGACUCACAGAGCCGCAGCUCCGCGCUCUCGCCAAGGUGCAACUGAAAGCAUACAAGGCCCGCCUCAUUGGUUUCCCCAUUCUUGGAGGCAUUGACUCCUUCCAGGUCCUCUUCAGCAGUCUUAAAGUGGGACCACUGUUUGAGAUGAACGUAUUCGCGCCAGCCAUCGUUAAAAAAGAUGAGGAGAAGCCACCAGUUGAUAAGGGCAAGGUUGUCGAGGCGGUGGCAGAUGCAGCAUCUCAACUCGCAGACAAAUCAACCGGCAGCGCUGGUGAGGAGGCCGCAGCCGCUGCUGCUGCUGCUGGUAGCUCUGGCGAGAUGAGCGAAAAGACUGAGGAGGUUACUCCAGCUCCUAGUGAAGAGAAAAAGACCGAAGUGUCCAAGGAGACGCGCAAGAAGCUUCCUAAGGGUUGCACCCCGGUCGGCAUUUUAGUCAUUCCCAGGGACUCAUCGUUUAUGCUUGCUAAGAUGCAGCUGUUUAUCUUUGCAAGAGGAGCAAACGGUGCCUGGGUCCAGGGCACGCUGCAGCCUGAGCACUGGAAGGUUGUAGAGGAAGAAUUGAAGGAGAUUGACAGGCGGAGGUGA